AAUCUCCAUUUGACCGGUAAAAUCUCAAAGAUCACAAUUAAGUAGAGAUGAAUAGAAAUAGUGUGCUGUGUGCUGCUGAGCCAUCCCUGUAAUAAGCCCCUACGUGACUUUAAAGCUAAGAAUUUCAUCGCCAUUAACAGCCACCAUAUCUGCUGGAUCUGAAGCUCAGGAGCAAUUGCGUUUGAACUAGCCACAACUAUAGUGCAUUGCGCCGCACCCGUUGCUGCGAGCUGAAACGAUGUCGUUUGAAGAGGACGAGGAGUCGUUCGAGCACACGCUCCUGGUGGUGCGUGAGGUGUCGGUUUUCAAAAUCCCGCCGCGCCCCACCAGCGGCGGCUACAAGUGCGGAGAGUGGCUUCAGUCCGACAAGAUCUGGUCCGGCCGCCUCCGGGUGGUGUCCUGCAAGGAACGCUGCGAGAUCCGGCUCGAGGAUCCCAACUCCGGCGAGCUCUUUGCUGCUUGCUUCGUGCAUCCCGGCCAGCGGGAGAGCUCCGUCGAGUCGGUUCUCGACUCUUCCAGGUACUUCGUGCUGAAGAUCGAGGAUGGCCGCGGCAAGCACGCGUUCAUCGGGCUAGGGUUUAACGAGAGAAACGAGGCUUUCGAUUUCAAUGUGGCAUUGUCGGAUCACGACAAGUACGUAAAGAGAGACCACGAGAAGGAGGCCGGCGAUGGUCAGACCAGUGAUGAGAAUAGUCAUAUUGACGUUCAUCCAGCUGUAAAUCACCGCUUAAAGGAAGGAGAAACCAUAAGGAUAAAUGUAAAGAACAAACCUUCUACUGGAGCAGGCAUGCUUUCAGCUGCUGGAUUGACAAGUGGACUUACUGGACCUGGGAAAUCCAAGACCCUAGGCCUUGUGCCACCGCCUAUUGGGGCUGGCAAAAUCAGAUCUCCUCUUCCACCACCUCCCAAUGACACUGUUGUUGUUCGCAAGACUUCUGCUAGUCAGGGUACAUCACUCAAAGUGCCCAAGGAAAAUACAAAUCAUUCUGCUGAUCCAUUAUCAGAUCUCUCUCCACUCGAGAAGAGCCUGCCAGCGGAGACUGGAUCGGGUUCUAGUAAAACCACAGGAGCCGGAUGGGCAGCGUUUUGAUAUCAGAUGAGAUGUGUUUCGAGUGAAACCUUUGUUCAGUGUUGUACUAUUAUGGAAAACUUUGGGUAAAGUAAUUGAGCUGGAAAGAGAGAAAAAAGAAAAAGAAACUGUGUUCUACGUUACCGGGGGAAUGAUAUGAUUAGAGAAGUUGUUGAUAUUAUGAAUUUCCAAUUCCAUUUUUUUCUUUGGAUAUACUUUCAGAGAUUUGGGAAUAUUGAAGGAAUGAUACCUUAUAUCUUUUAGCAAAUUUUUGAAUUUAA